CGGUCGGUCGUGCGAAUAGGGCUGUGUAUCAUGUGUUGUUUCAAUUGACGCUCUAACGAGUGGUACGUGAGAGAUAAACUAUUGAGUGCGUAACGAAAAUGAAGACGGAGCACCGCACGUGCUGCGCGUGCGGAGAGGCGAUCGCGGACCGGUUCCUGCUGGAGGUGGGCGGAGGCGCUUGGCACGCGUCCUGCCUGCGUUGCUGCGUCUGCGCCUUGCAGCUCGACCGGCACCCGUCAUGCUUCCUGCGCGACCGUCAAGUCUACUGCAAGCAGGACUAUGCCAAGAGCUUCGGUGCAAAAUGCUCGAAGUGCUGCCGGGGCAUUUCGUCAUCGGACUGGGUGAGGAAGGCCCGAGAGCAGGUGUACCAUCUCGCCUGCUUCGCCUGCGACGCUUGCGGCCGCCAGCUCUCCACCGGUGAACAGUUCGCGCUUCACGAGGAUCGAGUACUUUGCAAGCCUCACUACCUCGAGACGCUGGACGGUGGAUCUAUAUCUUCCGAUGACGGUUGCGAUUCAGAGGGCUACCACAAAAGCAAAGCGAAGCGGGUGCGCACAACUUUUACGGAGGAGCAACUUCAGGUACUGCAAGCCAACUUCCAGUUGGACUCCAAUCCCGACGGGCAGGACCUCGAGAGGAUAGCCCAGGUCACAGGCUUGAGCAAGAGAGUUACGCAAGUCUGGUUCCAGAACAGCCGCGCUCGCCAAAAGAAGCACCAGCACACGGGGAAAGGCAAGCAGGGCCAAGCAGUGAUGUCGAGAGAAUCUGAGCCAGUGGGGUUUGGGCGACCCAUCAACCUCCACCUCACGUAUUCGUUUCAGAACAAGCCGCCGUUCGUGCCAAUAGAUGGGACUUCUUUCACGGAUUCCUCAAUGGAUGAGCUCUCUGAAGACUCCUCUAUCCACUGCAUGCAGAGUGAGGCAUAGAUAGCGUGCAUCUUCAGCUUGUGACGGCGAUAUAUAACAUGCUUUUUGUCUUAGAUGUAUUCAAAACUGAGGGCGUUGGAAUUCUGAUUGGAAUUGGAGGUUGAUUAUUUUUAUAUAGUUAUUAAUUCUCUACAGUAAAUUGUAAAAAGAUAAUUUUAAUUAAUUUAUUUAUUUAUUAUAAGUAACUGUGAUACGUUCCUUCAAAUAUAUUUUUGCUUAUAAAAUAUAAAUACUCGCAACAUUAUUCUAAGUACUCUACUAGUGAGCUGAUUGUGAGUCGUGAAUAUAAAUAAUUAUAUUUGGCCCGAAACGCGUAAUAUAUUACAAACUAUAUUUUUGGUAAGGGGCCGUUCCCGUUACGUAAGCAGAUUUACUGCAAUUUAUCCCCCCUCCUCUUGUCAUCAAAAGUAAGCUAUCAAAAAUAAUGGUACCUAAACGUAUUCAUUUGUAGGAAUCCUCGAAAAUCCAUUUCGUUUAAGGCAU